UUGUUUCAGAAAUGCCAUUGGAUGAAGAGAAAUUUUCUAUUGAGCAUCUCCCAGAUAAUGUGCUUCAGGAUUUAAUUAAAAUAAGUGAAUGGCUUCAGGCUCAUAAAAUUGAAGAAUUCAUCAAUGUUUAUUCUGCAAUCCGCUCCAAUGUCUUGACUCGUUCAAUUCAGAAUCUGAAGGAUCAUCUAAAAAAUUCAAGUGGCAAUAGUAAUACCCUAACUGUACAAAAUUCUCCAAACAUGAGCAGUCGCCGUAGCAUAGCCAAAGAAUCUACACCUCGGAGACCACCGAAAAAAAUUCAACAAAUGUUUGUUAAAAAAGCCACUGGUUUCCUUGCAAAAUAUUCUCCAAGUGUGGAAAGUGCAAUGUUAGGGCAUCAUAGAUAUCAGACAUCCCUCUUACCUGAGGCAAAAGAUGAAACCAUUGAAAUAGAUGUGAUGUCUUUCAUGACUUCACUUAGUGGUCUUUUAAAACUUAUGCAGAGUGAGCUAAGUCUCAUGACCGGCAUUGUUCCCAGUAAAAGCAAAAAGGUAGUUUUUGAAAGAGUUGUCACCAAAGCUAUGGAAAAUCUAAUGUCUGAAGGAGAGUUGAUUGUUAGUAAAGUGAAAAAAAGUGUUCAGAGACAUGAAUUUUCAGCAGCACUCAAUCUUUUUCCUAUUUUGCGUCACCUUAUGACUAUCAAGACUGAUUUUGAGAAACUUUUCCAGGGGUGUUCCUCAACAUUAUAUGACAAACUUCGCGGAUUUGUUAUCACUGUACAAGCUACAAUAAGUAAAACCCUUGAAGAGUUUAUUGAGAGUAUUAAAAAUAAUCCAGAUACUAAAAUGCCCAAAGAUGGUACUGUUCAUCAACUUACUAGCAAUGCUAUCAUGUUACUGGAACAAUUGCAAGACUAUCAAGAUAUCUUAGGUAGUGUACUAACAUUACAGGAUGUGUCAUUUGCUUCAACUAAAGAUAAAGGAAAACUUUCAUUUGCUCAAUAUAUCACAAGAGUUUUAUCAGCUUUAGGAGUAACCUUGCAAACAAAAAGUGACUAUUACAGUGAUGUGUAUCUUCGGGCAAUAUUUAGAAUGAAUAAUCUUCAUUACAUUCUUAAAGCUCUUCAACGAACUGGACUUUUGGAAAUUGUAAGGAUGCACAAUGCGUUAGCUGAAAAUUAUUAUAAUGAUCAGAUUCGAGAUCAAAAAAGAAUAUAUUCUCAAAGUUGGAGUCGUGUAUUGCAUUAUGUGAUGGAAGUAGAUAAGCCUGUUUCCCAAGCUAGAGCAUCAUCUAAUUCAACACAAAUGGGUGCCAGCAUAAAAUUAAGAGAUAAAGAUAAGCAAAACAUCAAAGACAAGUUUUCAGGUUUCAACAAGGAAAUGGAGGAAAUAACACGAACACAAAAGGCUUAUGCUGUCCCUAACAUAGAGCUGAGAGAAGGUUUGAAAAGAGACAAUAAAGAAUUUAUUUUACCCAAAUAUACCAUGUUUUAUGAAAAGUACAUUGAUGCUGGGUUCACAAAAAAUACUGAUAAAUACAUCAAGUAUACUCCACAGGAUGUGUCAAACACCAUUGACACAUUUUUUGAUGCUGCUGCUUAAUUUUUGAAAUUAAAAUUUUUUUAAAAAAACUGAUAAUAUAGUGUAUGUAAAGGUAGACCAUUACUAUUAAAGUGGUUCAGCCAAUCAAAUGUGCAAUGUUAAUUUUGUAUUGUUCAUAUCUAUUAUAAAGUUUAUUUAUUAAAAAUUAUCUGAAAAUUC